AUGGAGAAGCAGGUGACAAUGGCGCCAGCAGCUUCAAUCAUACUGUUCUUGAUGCUCCUUCCUGCUGCAUCACCGAUAGCCAGGGAAGGUCUGUCCAAGCUUGCUGUCUUCCACCUCGUGACAGUCGCCAUUUUUUUCUUUCCGCUCUGCAACCAUGCGACCUCUCCGUCUUCCCCGUGCCUUGCGUUAUGGAAGUUCUCUUCUCUCAUUUGACUUCACUCGUGCCUGCCACCGCCGCCGCCGCCGCUGCUUGCUUGUCGUCGGUGCAGGUCAAGCGCUCAUGGCCCUGAAGGCCUCGUUUCUUAACGUGGGCAACGUGCUGACGGAUUGGAACGCCGGAAAACACAGAGCCGCCGGAGGGGAAGAAGACGACCAUUGCUUCUGGCGGGGAGUCACCUGCGACAACUUCUCCUUCGCCGUCGUCUCUCUGUACGGCUCCUCCUCCCUCCUGAGAAUCUGCAUCUCAUGGCCAUGAACUCAUGGAUUUCAACUUUCUCCUUCUUUCUCCUUCUUUCUCCUCAGGAACCUUUCGAACCUGAAUCUGGGCGGAGAAAUAUCUUCGGCGAUCGGAGAUCUCAACUUCUUGCAGUUCAUGUAAGCCACCGCUGCUCAAAACCACGCCGCGCUCCUGUGCAUCUCCUAAGCUUACCCACGCUCCAUCCUUGACAUGACCACAGAGACCUGAGAGGGAAUCAUCUGACGGGUCAAAUCCCGGAUGAGAUCGGCGACUGCUCCUCACUGAAAUGCCUGUAAUCUUCUCUCCUCAUACUCCUCUCCAAAUAUUCUUUCUUAUUCUAGCAUUUUAAAGUACGUCAAUCUUCAGGGAUCUGUCGGGGAAUUACCUGGACGGAGACAUUCCCUUCUCCCUAUCCAAGCUCAAGCACCUCGAGGAGCUGUAAGUCCUCCAUCUAUCUCACUAUUUCUCUCUGUUUGCUAAACACCGCCAGAUUUGUCUCAUCCGCAGGAACCUGAAGGGCAACCAGCUCACAGGCCCCAUCCCUUCAACUUUGUCGCAGAUCCCCAGCCUCAAGACCCUGUGAGUCAUCUUCUCCGAUUAACCUGGCCCGUGCGUACGAUCGUGAGCCAUGGGCUCUACGUUAUUCGUCCCCUCCUCUGAGUCUCUGAGAUCGUCCGCUGGCAGGGACUUGGCCAUGAACCAGCUCACCGGCGAGAUUCCUCGACUGAUCUACUGGAACGAGGUGUUGCAGUACCUGUGGGUUUCUUACGGUUCAACCUCCUCGUUUUCCUCCUCCCGCCUACCAAUUCGACUAAUUUUUCUCCAUGCAGGGGCCUACGAGGGAAUUCUUUGACAGGGACGCUGUCCCCGGACAUGUGCCAGCUUACCGGCCUUUGGUACUUGUGGGUAUUCGAGUUCUUCCGCUCUCUCUCUCUCUCUCUCUCUCUCUCUGUUCCAGCAUCUUCCUUGGAUUUCUCCAUUAACGACCUCCUGGCUUCGUUGUUCUGGAUCAUCCGGCAGCGACGUGAGGGGGAAUAACAUCAGCGGGCCGAUCCCGGAGAGCAUCGGCAAUUGCACCAGUUUCGAGAUCCUGUACGUCGCUCUGUCUGAAUCAUCUUCCUCGUUUAGUAGACGAUUUCUUCUCUUUUUGCUGACGAAAUGGGUUGAAUGAAGGGACAUCUCUUACAACCAAAUCACCGGAGAAAUCCCUUACAACAUCGGAUUCCUGCAAGUCGCCACGCUGUAGGUUCUCUUCGGUGACAUCUUCGCCCGAUCUCUGGUGCUCCUGACACUGAUGAACCUCUUCUCUUCCUCCAGGUCCCUUCAAGGGAAUCGACUGACGGGGAAGAUUCCGGAGGUUAUUGGGCUGAUGCAGGCCCUGGCAGUCCUGUAAGCAUUUAUAAAAUCUCAUUACUCUAUUUUUUCCGCUUUUUAAUUAUUUAUAUUUAAAAAAUUGCAGUGGAGCUUGUUUUUAUGUUGAUUUGCUUGUUUCUGCAGGGAUUUAAGUGAAAACGAGUUGGUUGGGCCCAUCCCACCUAUUAUCGGAAAUCUAUCCUACACAGGAAAACUGUAUGUUCUAGCAUCUGAUUACCACUUUAUGAGUUCAAAUGAUUCAUGAAAUUACCUAUUAAUCUGUCAUUAAACGUCUCCCCAGCUACCUGCACAGCAACAAGCUGAGAGGCUCAAUUCCUCCAGAGCUCGGGAACAUGUCCAAGCUCAGCUAUUUGUAUGUUUUUUUUUUUUUCGAGAAAAUGCGGCCUUUUUUUCCAUUUUUCGGAGCCUAAUUCUGUCAUCGCAGGCAACUGAACAACAACCAGCUGGAGGGUAGCAUACCCCCAGAGCUUGGAAAGCUCCAAGAUCUGUUCGAGCUGUGAGUCAAACUUUCCAAGAUCUGGUUUUUUUUAAUUUAUUUUAUCGGCUAUUUUUCUGUCUGACCUGUGAGAACUGGAUUAUAUAAUAUUUUCGUUAAAUAGUAUAGAGAAAAUGACGUGGGUUUCUCAUGUUAAUAGGAAUUUGGCUAAUAACAACCUUAAAGGCCCCAUUCCUCCGAACAUCACCUCCUGCACUGCCCUCAACCAAUUGUGAGCUUCCUUGUCGCCUCAUAUCUGCUGUAAGACUUUGUUGGAACGAUUUUAAUCUUGUGGGCCCUCCUUUCAGCAAUGUCCAUGGGAACCUGCUGAAUGGGUCCAUUCCUUUAGAGUUCCAGAGAUUAGAGAGCCUGACAUACCUGUAAGUCUCUCUCUCUCUCUCUCUCUCUCUCUAUUCUGUGUGCUGAUGAUAUGUUUCGAUAAAACAGGAACUUCUCGUCAAACGAUUUGUCCGGUGUGAUUCCGGUUGAGCUGGGGAGAAUAGUCAAUCUUGACACUCUGUAGGUCAACAGUUUCCAUCCAUGGGCACUCUCUUUCUUGGGACCUCUGGAUCUCUCUCCUCGGCUGACCUUACCUCCCCCUUGCCCAUCUUCUCUCCAGGGACCUCUCCGAUAAUAACUUCUUCGGAUCCAUCCCAGAAUCUCUCGGUGAUCUUGAGCACCUUCUACAUCUGUAAGUGGAUUUUAUUUUUCUGUUAAUUUUCUAAUACCGAUUAUUAACUGACAUCAAUUUUUCAUCUUUCUCAGAAAUCUGAGCAGAAACCAUCUCAGCGGGCCCAUACCAGCCGAAUUUGGAAAUCUCAGGAGCGUUCAAGUCAUGUGGGUCAUUUUAACCAUUUUAAUCUCAUAAAUCAAUCAUUUUUUUUUAUUUAAGCUCUGUGCACUCAUCAGACAUCCAUUUGUGCAGUGAUAUAUCGUAUAAUCUGAUGCGUGGGUGGAUCCCAGAGCAACUGGGUCAGCUUCAGAACAUCGAAUCUUUGUAGGCUCUUCAUCUUUUUCAUCAUCUCCUUCUAUGAUCUCCUAUCCUGACUGUAUAUAUAUAUAUAUAUAUAUAUAUAUAUAUAUAUAUAUGUACUUUUAUUUAUUUCCUAUUUUGGAAUAUUUAAUCAGGAUCCUCAACAACAACAAUCUAUCUGGGGAGAUUCCGAACCAGCUGAUGAACUGCUUCAGCUUGAUGUCCCUGUGGGUUCUGAUCUCAACCCUUCCCCACCAGGAUUCUCCCUCCUCCUACCUUCAUAAUUCUUACUUCAGCGAGCUCCCGUUUUGAUCCAGGAACCUCUCGUACAACAAUCUCUCCGGAGGUAUCCCGCCGUUCAAGACCCAUCCGACGUUCCCCCCGGCGAGGUCUUACAACCCUGCAAACCCUACCAUCUUCUUCCCUCUGUGGCAGUUUCUCACAAGCUUCUGGCUUGCAGCUUCAUGGGGAACCCGUUCUUGUGCGGCGACUGGGCGGGAUCCCCCUGCGGAGCUCGGACCCACCAAUCAAAAGGUCGUCUUUCUUCUUCGACGUUCCUUUGUGAGCUCGCCGUCUUCUUCCUCUGCUGCUAACGAUCCAGAGCGGCAUCCAGGGAUGAUCUCCGGCGGCGCCGUCGCCUGCAUAACCCUAGGCAGCGUCGCCCUCCUCGCGAUGGUCAUGGUGGCGAUCUACAGGUUCCGCCAGCCCCCGAAGGAACCCUACUCAAAGAGCUCCCCAAGGAGUAGCCUCCGUGGCCCUCCCAAGCUGGUGGUGCUGCAGAUGGACAUGGCCGUCCACACCUACGAGGAUAUCAUGAAAAGCACAGAGAACCUCUGCGAUAAGUACGCCGUAGGGUACGGCGCCUCCAGCGCCGUAUACAGGUGCGCCCUGAAGAACUGCAAGCCCAUCGCCAUCAAGAAGCUCUACAGCACGAACCCAAAUAACCUGCGGGAGUUCGAGACGGAGCUGGAGACCGUGGGGAGCAUCCGGCACAGGAACCUCGUCAGCCUCCACGGCUACUCCCUCUCCCCUCACGGCAACCUCCUCUUCUACGACUUCAUGCCCAACGGCUCCCUCUGGGACCUCCUCCACGGUGAGUCAGUCACCUUCUCUUCUCCUCCCUCCUCCGCAAUGUUUUAUCUUCUCUGCUCAUCUGGUUCGCCGGUUGCAGGGCCGAACAAGAAGGUGAAGCUGGACUGGGAAACGAGGCUGAGGAUCGCCGUGGGGGCCGCACAGGGACUGGCAUAUCUCCACCAUGACUGCGACCCGAGGAUUAUCCACAGGGACGUGAAGUCCUCGAACAUCCUGCUGGACGAGAACUUCGAGGCCCACCUGUCGGACUUCGGCAUAGCCAGGUCCAUCUCCUCCGGCAAGGCCCACGCCUCCACCUUCGUCGUCGGCACCAUCGGCUACAUCGACCCGGAGUACGCCCGCACCUCCAGGCUCACCGAGAAGUCCGACGUCUACAGCUUCGGCGUCGUCCUCCUCGAGCUCCUCACCGGCAAGAAGGCCGUCGACGGCGACUCCAACCUCCAUCAACUGGUCAGUCUCUCUCUCUCACACACACGGUUUUCUUCUUCAUCUUCUUCAUCUUCUUCCUUCCUGGGCAGAUUUUGGCGAGAGCGGACGAUAACACAGUCAUGGAGGCGGUGGACUCGGAGGUCUCGGUGACCUGCACGGACAUGGGCAUGGUGAGGAAGGUCUUCCAGUUGGCGCUGCUCUGCACCAAGCGGCACCCUUCUGAGAGGCCCACCAUGCACGAGGUUGCGAGGGUGCUGGUCUCGCUGUUGCCGGCCACCGCCGCGAAGCCGUGGGGGGCAGUGCCGUCGGCGGCGGCGGCGCAGAAGCUGGCGGAAGUGGACUACGAGCGACUGCUAGCGAAAUCGGAACAGAACCAGGGGGACUCGGGGGAUCACAGCAGCUCCGACGCGCAGUGGUUCGUCAAGUUCGGCGAGGUCAUCUCCAAGAACUCCCUUUGA